CGUUUCGAUCUUAAUUUCUUGCCCACUGGGCCCAUCACAGGCAUAGCAUAUUGGUGUCCUCUCACCAGAUCUAGACUACUUACCUCUACCUACCCCAAGGGUGGAACUAUCUGCCAGCUAUACAGCGGGAAUCAGUACUUACUCUAGCAUGUCCGCCAUGGCUUACAGCUCCGAAUCCAGCUCCCAGAUCUACGCUGAGGCCACAUGGCUGCAAGGUGCCAUUGUCGGUGCCAUGUUUUACGGCGUGGUGGUUGUGAUGUCUUUCAUGUGCUGGCGCUUGCUCUGGCCACGCAUUCGAUCGCAUUCCACUGGCUACAGGAAAAAUAUAUUCUUCUUCUGCUAUGUCACUUUCCUUUUUGUGUUGGGUACUAUGGAUGCGGCGUUUUCUGCGGAGGAGACGCAGAAGACCUUCAUCUAUAAUCGUCUAUAUCCCGGAGGCCCGAGUGCAUUCGCUAGGAUAAGCUUUUCGCCUCCGCUUGGCAUUUCCCUCUUGCUUUCAAAUUGGUGUGCAGACCUAUUGAUGAUUUGGCGGUGUGUAGUGGUAUACAGAGAUACCAGAUUACACUAUAUUAUCUUGGGACUUGGAAGCCUCAUGUUUCUCACAUCUGUGGUCACCGGAGUCCUCUGGUUUGUAAUCAUGUCAAACCCACACAAAGCCACAAACGGCUGGGUGUCCAUCCGCUUCCUCUUCCCGUACAUCUGCGUCGCCCUGACCAUCAACAUCUUCAUUAGCCUCCUCACUGUCCUGCGCCUGUUAUACCACCGUCGCAAAAUGUCCAAAAUCUUCGGCCCAGGUCACGGCGCGGUCUAUGCCAGUUUUGCGACAAUAAUUAUUGAGUCCGCUGCCAUCUGCUCAAUAAGCUCGCUUCUUUACCUCAUCCCGUUCGUCGCCCACAACCCACUCGCAAAUGCAUUCGUGCAAAUCCUGGGCCAGCCGCAGAGAAUUGCCUCACUCCUCAUUAUCUACCGUGUUGCAGAGGGGAAGGCCUGGGGGAAACGAUGCAAUAGCACCACUCUUGAUAACGGGAGCUCCCUCCAGAUGCGGCAGAUGUCCGAGACCUUGCCAACGUCUGCUGCACCAAAUCAGCUACACAUAGAGACUCACUUCGACGGAGAAAGUAGCCGUGACGGUUCCAUACGGCAGCCAAAUUCAAGAUACUCGAGAGAAUCUACCAGUGAGGCUGAUGCCCCAGCUGGCUGUGCGUAUGAAUCAAGAAAGCAGAACGCAUGAAUUUAUCUGGUCCAUCUGUCACUUCCGGCCCUCCGUGUUGCUAGCUCCGAAAUACUCGAUCCGAUGGAUAAACUCGCCUUGGUCAGUGUGUUCCCUCUCGUUUUGUGUAAUUGAAAUCCGCACCGCACGCACCGUAUUGUUGGAUGAAGCUAUUUUAUUUUUAUUUCACACAUCGGAGACCUAUGCCAGUGAGAAGUACCACUACACGAAGCAGCUUCACAGAAAUAACCGCUCCGUCCUUGCAUUAUGUAGCUAUAGCACUGGCACAUCAGUAUUAAAUUGUUGUAAGUUAUCUAAGAGCACUAAUGGAAAAUGACCUU